AUGACCUACAGUCACCGUUACUCGAUCUUACGUCAACUCGAGGAAAUGAAACCUACAGUAAUCAUUCUCUACAAUACAGAUAUCGCCACACUAAGACAUAUUGAGAUGUACAAAGCAUGUCAUUCUGAAUUAUUCCUUCACAUCUACUCUAUAAUGUAUAGAGAAUCCACAGAGGAGUCACGAUAUUUGACCGCGCUGAAAAAUGAAACAGACGCUUUCACGACGCUUUUCAAUGAGAAGUCUACUCUGAUGAUUCCAAGGCGAUAUGAGACGGACCGUGAAGAAGUAGAUCGUCUUCAGAUGCCCACCGGAAACGAUGCUGGCCAAGUACCCAGUAGAUGUGAGAGACCAAAGAUUAUUGUUGAUGUACGUGAAUUCAACAGCGAAUUGCCUACGGUGUUGUAUAAAAAAGGAUACGAUGUUGUUGCCGUCACUCUUGAGGUCAGGAAUUUGAAUCAUUCGGGAUGCUUCGUCGCAACAUUCAAAUUGUUACUUAGAGUGCUUUUCGUUUAUGGCGGAUUUAAUCAACAGGUGGCAGACUAUGUGCUCUCUCCUGCAAUUGCAGUGGAACGAAAAGCACUUGAUGAUCUCGCUCAAUCGCUGCAAUCUGGACGUGUAUUCAAGCAGUCGGAGCAGAUGCUGCGUCACUACACCAACUCAAUACUUCUUAUAGAAUCAAAUCGGAAAUUCGAGUCAAAAAUCGUCAACGGGGGGCCAUUUCAGGGGGAACUCAGUCGUCAUUGUCGUGAAGUUCGUGCUUUGUUGUGUUCGCUACUGAGGUCGACACCUAAGUUGAAGCUCAUCUGGUCACUUUCACCAGCCAAUUCAGCAGAGUAUUUUGCCGAACUCAAGCUGAAUCGUCCGGAACCAGACGCUGACCAUGCUGUUUCUCUGAAGAGCGAUGAAGUCACCAGUGUUAAAGAUAUAAAAGCUGAUGCGCGUACAAGCUCAGACAAGCCACGUAAACCGAAUGCAAUUUUGCUUCGACACAUGGGACAACACCUGCCUGGCAUGUCUAGAGGAGAUGUGCAGUCGAUGAUGCUCAGUCAGAAGGUAAGGAAUCUGUAUGAUCUGUUUACGAUGCCCAUCGAACAGCUGUAUACCGCAGUUGAAUCACAUGCCGAUCGCCUGAGUUUGUUUGCGAACUUCGACUUUAGUGUAUCUGAUUGA